AGGAGUCGGUAGCUGAAGAGUGUGUGUCUCCGCGGUGCUUCGUUUCUCGGACACGUUGUGGGCGUGCUGUGAUUGUUUUUGCUUUCUGUGGGUCUCAGGGCACUGGAGCCAAUCCCAACUGGGUGAGAGCAGGAUGCACAGGGGCAGAAUGGACUUGUCGUGUCUUGACCUGGCCUUGGAAGCCCAGCUAUCUUGCAAGCUGGGAAACUAUCGCAGGGGCGUGUCUUUUUUUGAAUCAGCCAUGCAGGUGGGAACUGAAGACCUCCAACUACUCAGCGCCAUCUAUAGCCAGAUCGGAUAUGCCUACUUUCAGCUCGGAGAGCAUAACAAAGCACUGGAGUACUAUGACUAUGACCUCAGGCUUGCACGCACCAUCGGCGAUAAAGCUGGUGAGGCCAAAGCCUGUGGUAAUCUUGGACAUGCGUUAAAGUCCGUAGGACGGUGUGAUGAAGCAGUGCCAUUCUGCCAAAGAUAUUUGGAUAUUACCAGAGCCAUGUCUGAUAAGGUUGGCCAAGCCCAAGCACUUUAUAUUUUUGGGAACGUGUACCACGCCAAGGCUAUGGAAAUGUCCUGGAGUGGAGUGGAACCAGGACAUUUCACAGCGGAAGCAACAGCGGCCCUAAAGAAGGCUGUACAGUACUACGAGGUUAAUCUAUGCCUAGUGGAAGAGCUCGGCGAUCGGGCAGCCGAGGGCCAUGCCUAUGGCAAACUUGGCCACACGUACCAUCUCCUGGGUGAUUUUGAACGUGCAGUUGCUGCACAUGAAAAGCGACUGCUCAUUGCACAGGAGUUUGGAGACAGGCCGGCUGCACGACGGACCCAUGGUAACCUGGGCAGCACAUACAUCUACCUAGGCCAAUACGAAAAGGCAAUCUUCCAUUAUAAAAGAACACUGGUGCUCACCAGGCUGCUGAACGAGCGAGCCUUAGAGGCUCAGGUGAAUUACAGCAUAGGAAAUACUUACACUCUGCUGCAGGACUUUGGAAAAGCUAUUGACUACUACCAGAAACAUCUGGCCAUCGCUCGGGAACUCAAUGACAGGGUCGGAGAGGCCCGAGUGUGCUGGACUCUGGCUAACUUGUACACGACCAUGUCCAACUACGAGCACGCGAUAAAUUAUACACGUAAACAUCUGGAAAUUGCUUUGGAGAUGGGGGAUAGAAAUGGAGCAGCAACUGCAAGAAUGAAUUUACUGGACCUCCAGCAGGUUCUAAGGCUCAAAUCCAACACCACUGCCACUUCACUGGAAGAGCAGUCAGUGCAGUCCCCAUCCAGUAUUCAAAGCAGUCCAGAGGCCCAGAAAGACAGUCCACGUCCUCAGAAAAAGCAGAGUGAAGAUUCUCCUUCACCUCCACUGAGAAGCAAAAAACACGAUGAAGAGAAACGUGACGCCGAGUCACCCGUUCAACCUGAAGAACCUGAGCACGCCACCGAGUCCACUGACCCUGAGCCAGAUGUGCUGGCGUCUCCCGAGCCAGGAUCACUGGACACUAUCGGGGAGGACACCUUUUUGGACUUCCUCUCUCGCUUUCAGAGCCACAGGAUGGACGAUCAAAGGUGUACUUUGGAUGGCCAGACCAAUUUUCUUACGUCCACUCCCUCCUACACCCCACCUGUAGCUGAAAGGAAAUCCAUUCCGGGACUCACCACACCAUCGCAGGAUCCUGGUCAUUUCCUGGAGCUGCUGGCCAGCUCCCAGGCCCGUCGUCUGAACGACCAGCGAGUGAGCCUGAGCCAUUUUCCUGGCUUACGUCCCAGCACAUCCAGCCAGCCUCGUACACCAUCCACCUCCAGCACAGAUCAAGUCCCCUCUCAAGCCACCACAGCAGGUUCCCCUCAAACACCCUCCCAGUGCGUUCGCCACGAGGCCAGUACAGAGCCGUCUGAGGACAGUGUCUUCCAUAGCAUGGUGGAGAAGUCCCAGGGCUCCAGCUGGAGCGGCGAGAGCUUUGCUCUGCCUACCAGAAAAGCACAAACUCUGCCGGAUGAGGAUUUUUACAAUUUCAUCGUGUCUCUCCAGUCCAGAAGGAUGGAGGAGCAGCGUGUCCCCCCUCCCCCUGCCAUUACCCCCACUGAACCGGACGAAAAACAUGGAGUGUAGUGGGCUUUUUUGUUUCCUUUGUCAUCUCCUAGGAAUGAGGAAGGAAUGAGGGUGUCUACUUGUUUGUUUAAAGGUGCAUUAAGGAGUUUGCACGUUUUAUGCGAAACAAUGGCCCCUGCAGGCCUUGGGCGUAACUGCAGCUUAGUGAAACACUUGUGCCUGUGCUCGCAUCCAUGUACGUG